AUGGCUUUCGCCGGCUUCAAAGAUAUAUUUGUCAAACAAAAGGUGACAUUUUCUGUUUAACCUACGAACUUAUCCUUUAUCCCGGCUCUUCACGCAUUUAAUAUUUUUUCUUAUAUUUUCAUGUCCUGCCGCUCCGACUCAAAUGUUCUUUUCAAUUUUAAAAAGAGCAUAUAUAUGUUCUGGUCAGAGGACAUAUCCUCUGACUCAGGAUUGCUUGAGAAUUUUCUUCAGUAACUAUCAGCAGCUCGCCUGCUCGAUUUUUCCUGAAAAUUGGCACUCUUCCGUGGUUCGCGUACCUUGUUGUUAAUUGGCUUUAUACCAUGCAUUUCAAGCAGACAUAUCUGCUUACCAUACAGUGCCUGAUCUCCCCGCUGCUUAAGGGACUACAGAAGGAAGUAUGAGAUAUUAGGAUGUUGCAGAUCCUUUCUCGGCAUCUAAAAUUAAUACCACGCCUUUUACCUUUGAUCCCUAUACUAAACCUGCUCAUGGUUUUUGGCGGGUUUGAAGUUCGCUAUUGCCAUUGUUUUCUACGUAAGUAGUUUCAGAAAACUUAUCGAAAGUCUCGGAACGAAUUAGCUAUUGCCAAGAACAUUUGGGACGAUACUUGCAGAACAUAGCGUAUUUCCCCUCCUUCCCGUAGACUACGAAUUAAUAGUCGAUAAAACCAGUUUCUCGAUCUGCCUUUUUUCUACUUUGUAGACUUUUCGACCGAAAAAGAAAUUUCCCCCAGAAACCAUUCGGUAUCAUCUGCACAAGCAGGCAGAGGCCUCCUUGAGUGCCGGAGUCGAUUUACGCGAGGCAGUCAAGAAGCCGGCUGACGAGGAACUCAAUGACUGGAUUGCGGUUCAUGGUAAGAUAAUAAAAGUAUGUUGGAAUUCAUCUCCUGUGCCUCCCCUUUUGCUGCAGUAGUAGAUUUUUACAAUCGCAUCAACCUGAUUUAUGGCACAAUCUGCGAUCGUUGUACAGCAGAAACCUGCCCACGUAUGACUGGCGGCAAAAAGUUCGAGUAUCAUUGGCGCGACAACAACCGCUAUCGAAAACCCACCCCCGUCUCUGCGCCUGAGUAUAUUGGCCUGCUGAUGGACUGGAUCGACGAACAAAUAAAUGACCCCGUCCUGUUCCCCACCUCUAUGGAUGUUCCAUUCCCCAAAAAUUACCGCAGUGCUGUGAAGAAGAUUAUGAGUCGUCUUUAUCGUGUCUUUGUUCACGUCUACAUCCACCAUUUUGACAGGCUAAUGGAGAUUGGUGCGGUAGGCCGCCUAUGAUUCCUGAUGCUAACUGUCUUAACCAACGUAUUUAGGAGGCGCACGUUAAUGUCUGCUACAAGCAUUUCUAUUAUUUCGUCACUUACUUUGAUCUCAUUGAUCCCAAGGAACUGGAGCCCCUGGUAAGCUCCUCCCGACUUUUUUUAUAAGGAAUUUCAUCAACCGACUAUCCCGAACUGGGCUAGCGUUUUGAUUUUAAGAACUACGUUCAAAAACUUAUUUCACGAUACAGUUGCUUACCUCCAUGCCGGCUCCGAAAUCUUAAAAACUCGAUUUUUCUUUGGCGCGCCUAGUUACGUCUUAGUAGUUAAUCGUUUCCACUGCGGAUGUCCACGUGGCGAGCGUCCUCUGCCUCAUGCACCUGUAUGCGAUAAUCGGACCUUCUUACCUCACAAGUUUUCUUGAGGUUGUUGAGCAAACCUUAUAUUAGUGGAAACUGGACUUCUCAAGUUCGGCCUGAACGUUUAUAUGAUGACCAUCUAGUUGUAAUCGAACGUUAGUGCUUCUCGCACCUGAUCUUAUGAUGGUUCUAUUCUUCCGGAAUUGUCCCCAACAGAACAGUACUUCAGAUACGUUUGUCGCUUAGAAAUGUACCCGCUUAGUGAAUAUCAGGAUAAAUACUUGACUCCGUAGAUGCUGUUAGAGUUACGCCGUACUUAUGUCGGAAGACUACCCCCUCCCAGCUCACCAGCAGCGACUAGGUCGAUACAACCCCAAGUAUUGUUUACGGUAGUGUCAACAUCCAACUGUAAAACAGUUGUAUCACGUUUGCCCGAGAAUCAUGCAUACCUCUUUGCUACUUUUGUUUCUGUGUUUACAGCGAGAGCUUACUCAAAGAAUCUGUAAUUAA